UGUGUGGCCCUCUCUUGCACUCCAACACCACGCCGGCUGUGCCCGGCCCCGCCACACGUGCAGCUAUGGUGGGCCGGCUGAGCCUGCAGGAUGUCCCGGAGCUCGUGGACACGAAGAAAAAAGGCGACGGCGUCCUGGACAGCCCUGACUCGGGGCUGCCCCCAAGCCCUAGCCCCAGCCACUGGGGGCUCGCAGCGACGGCGGGCGGCGGUGGGGAGCGCGCUCCGGUCGCAGGGACGCUGGAGCCCGAUGCGGCGGUGACCCCUGUAGUCCCGAACCCAGUAUCUCUGACCCACUCGUUGGCUGCCAUCUGCUCACCACGACUCUGUCCCCUGUCCUUCGGCGAAGGAGUCGAGUUUGACCCCUUACCACCAAAGGAAAUAAAGUAUACCUCCUCAGUCAAGUACGACUCCGAGCGGCACUUCAUCGAUGACGUGCAGAUGCCCCUGGGCCUGGUGGUGGCUUCCUGCAGCCAGACAGUCACCUGUAUCCCCAACUGCACUUGGCGAAACUAUAAGGCGGAAGUGCGCUUCGAGCCCCGCCACAAGCCGACGCGCUUCCUCAGCACCACCAUCGUGUACCCCAAGUACCCCAAGACCGUCUACACCACCACUCUGGAUUACAACUGCCACAAGAAGCUCAGGAGGUUUCUAUCCAGUGUGGAGCUCGAGGCCACGGAGUUCCUGGGUAGCGAUGGGCUGUCCGAGGAAUGCUGACUCAGCUAGCUUGAGGUUGGACCAGCUGUUCAUACACUGCCCUGGUCCCCAGACCACCCCGGACAAGCUGGGUAACAUUGCUCUUGCACAUCACCCCAGCCCCAGAGGGAUCUAACCUGGAGAGACCUCUAAGCCUAGCCGGGGAAGAUGUAUUUUUAAAAAAAAAUCACUCCAUCUUAUAAUAAUAGAGAAACUCGGCCUCGUUUAAAUUUUUCCAGAUAGUUUUUGUUUAAAAAAAAAAAAAGGAGAGAGAGAGAGAGAGAGAGAGAGAGAG